AUGGGUCAUGGUACGAAUAGAGUAGAAGACAUGGCGUCUCCCAACAACGGAAACACUGCACCUGUAACGGCAAACGCGAGAGAAACGAUCGUGGAGAUACAUAGCGUUUGUCUUCCACCGAAGAAAACAACGUUUCAGAAACUGAAGAAGCGUUUUGGUGAUGUUUUCUUCCCUGAUGAUCCGUUAGAGAGGUUUAGGAACCAGACAUGGAGAAACAAAGUGAUUCUUGGCCUUCAAAGCUUGUUUCCUAUAUUCACAUGGGGUUCUCAGUAUGAUCUCAAGCUUCUUAGGUCUGAUGUUGUCUCUGGUCUCACCAUUGCUAGUCUCGCCAUUCCUCAGGGAAUAAGUUAUGCCAAGCUAGCAAACUUACCACCCAUAGUUGGUCUAUAUUCAAGCUUUGUGCCACCACUUAUAUACUCAGUUCUUGGGAGUUCAAAGCAUCUUGCAGUUGGUCCUGUCUCAAUAGCAUCACUUGUUAUGGGCUCAAUGCUAAGUGAAAGUGUUUCUCCCACACAAGACUCAAUUCUAUAUCUCAAGCUGGCUUUCACAUCAACCUUUUUUGCUGGUCUCUUCCAAGCAUCCCUUGGCCUUCUUAGGCUGGGAUUUGUGAUUGACUUUUUGUCAAAAGCAACUUUGAUUGGCUUCACUGCUGGUGCUGCAGUGAUUGUGUCACUUCAACAGCUUAAGGGUCUUCUUGGAAUUGUUCAUUUCACUGGCAAAAUGCAAUUCAUACCUGUCAUGUCUUCUGUUUUCAGCCACAGAUCUGAAUGGUCAUGGGAAACAAUUCUGAUGGGUCUUGGCUUCUUGGCCAUUCUCUUAACCACAAGACACAUUAGCAUGAGGAAGCCAAAACUUUUCUGGAUAUCAGCUGCAUCACCUUUAGUAUCAGUUGUUAUCUCAACUCUUCUUGUAUUCCUCAUCAGAAACAAGACUCAUGCCAUCUCAUUUAUUGGACAUCUCCCAAAGGGUUUGAAUCCACCUUCAUCAAACAUGUUGUACUUUAGUGGCACUCAUCUUGCUCUUGCCAUCAAGACUGGUAUCAUCACAGGGAUUCUCUCUCUUACAGAAGGGAUUGCUGUAGGAAGAACCUUUGCAUCUCUAAAGAAUUAUCAAGUUAAUGGGAACAAAGAGAUGGUGGCUAUAGGUUUUAUGAACAUGGCUGGUUCUUGCACUUCUUGCUAUGUCACAACAGGGUCUUUCUCUAGAUCUGCUGUAAACUACAAUGCUGGAGCCAAAACAGCAGUUUCCAACAUUGUGAUGGCCUCAGCAGUUCUUGUGACCCUUUUGUUUCUGAUGCCACUCUUCUACUACACUCCUAACUUGAUCCUUGCUGCUAUCAUCUUGACCGCGGUGAUAGGCCUCAUUGAUUACCAAGCAGCUUACAAGCUAUGGAAAGUUGACAAAUUCGAUUUCUUCACUUGCAUGUGUUCUUUCUUUGGUGUUCUCCUCGUCUCUGUACCUCUUGGCCUAGCAAUAGCAGUGGGAGUUUCAGUUCUCAAGAUCUUGUUGCAUGUUACAAGGCCAAACACUGUAGAAUUUGGAAAUAUCCAAGGGACUCAGAUAUAUCAGAGUGUUAAAAGAUACAGAGAAGCUUCAAGAAUCCCUGGUUUCUUGAUUCUUGCUGUUGAAUCUCCAAUAUACUUUGCCAAUAGCACUUAUCUACAAGAAAGGAUCUUGAGAUGGACCAGAGAAGAGGAAACUCGGAUAAAAGAAAACAGUGGUAGUACUUUAAAAUGCAUCAUUCUUGACAUGACAGGUAACUACUUCUGUUCUCAUCUGAGCCAUGUUCAUGAGUUUUUAGACUCAUCUUCUUUACUUAUGUUUUUUUUUUUUGGAAUUGUUUUAGCUGUGUCUUCUAUAGACACAAGUGGGAUUGAAGCUGUGUUUGAACUUAGGAGGAGGCUGGAGAAGCAAUCACUUCAGCUUGUGUUGGUGAAUCCUGUGGGGAGUGUAAUGGAGAAGCUACACAAGUCCAAGAUCAUUGAGUCAUUGGGGCUGAGUGGACUUUAUCUAACAGUUGGUGAAGCUGUGGCUGAUCUCUCAUCAACAUGGAAAGCUCAUGGCCAGAUAUGAAAUAAAACAGUCUCUUAUGAAUUUGAGAGAGACUUUGAACUUUCUAAUGGAUGGUUGUUUCUGAAGACAAGACAAGGCAGCCUCUUGAGAAACAAUUUUUGGUGCUAGCUGUUUCGGUUUUAAAUUGUAUGAUAAUAAUAAAUGUAGUUUUCAUCUUUAACAUAUCUAUAUGAGAAUCAUAAUUUAGACAUGAUACAAAGCCUUACUCUAUAUUUCCUAUAAUCAUUGAUGAAUCUCUAGUC